GUUUUUACAACAUAUUUGACAUAACAAAGAAUACUAUUUUUUUAAGUAACAUCACAAUAUUCAUAGCUUAGAGGUUUUUGAUUAGGAAAUAUUCGGAUUAAUAACAAUUUAAUCCAAUGUCCGCUACGGUAAGAAAUGAUCCUUUAUUAGAUGAUACCAUUCCAUUUGGCGAAGAAGAUGAACAAGGAAACCCUAAACGUUAUUCGCAUCCAGUUGUAACCUUUUUUCAUCUCUUUUUUAGAAGUGCGGCAAUUAUUGUGUACAUGCUAUGUGGUUGGUUUUCUGAUUCUUUCAUAAGUAGUUUUGUAUUUGUUACACUUUUGUUAUCAGCAGACUUUUGGACAGUUAAAAAUAUAACUGGAAGACUAUUAGUUGGUUUGAGAUGGUGGAAUUACAUUGAUGACCAAGGUGUUUCUCAUUGGGUUUUUGAAUCGAAAAAGGGUCAAAUACAGGGUUCGCCAAAUCCAAAUGAAGCAAGAAUUUUUUGGUUAGCAUUAGUUUUAUCACCAGCGUUAUGGUGUAUAUUUUUUAUUGUAGCAUUAUUUAGUUUGAAAUUUAAAUGGCUGUUAUUGGUAAUGAUUGCGUUGGCAUUAAAUGGUGCUAAUCUUUAUGGAUACAUUAAAUGCAAUUUUGGAGCAAAUAAAGAUCUUAAUUCAGCAGCAUCAGAUUUUGUGAAAACACAAAUAUUUAAAAAUGCGGUGGAAAUUAUGACAAAACCAGGACCAAAACCACCAACGGCUCAACCUUCUGGAAUAGUGUAAAAUAUAAACAUGAAAUAGUUUCCUUAAUUUCGAAAGGAAAAUAUAUUUUCUAUUUACAAAAAUUCCAAAGAAUAAAUCGCUGUUUUUAAGUAUUUCACUGUUGAGUGUCAGUACUGUAUUACAAGGAAAAGCUUAAUUUUUCUUUAUUUUUUAUUAAAUAUAUUGAAAUUAAAAUAAGUUUAUUACUAACAGGCAUUUAAAUAUAAGGUUAAAACUUAAAAA